GAGCGCGCCGCAACGUAGUCUUGUUUUUACUUAAUCUCUGUGUAAACUGCCCCAUGUUGUGUAUCAUAAUAUUAAGUGAGCUAAACUUGUUUUCGGAAGAUUGAUUGGAAUGAAAACAUAAAACAGCCCGGCGCGAGCGACGAGAACGCCAAAGUAAAGAGGAAAACCUAAAGCAACCCACAAGAGAGUAUAGUGUGUGUGUCGUCUCGUCGUGUUUGCCUUUGAAAAUUGCCAAUUUUCAUCCCAGCGCAUUUGUUUACCAACAAAACCAUUUAAAAUGCAUACGAUUUUCGGCGAGCAGAACGCGUACUAUCGCCAUGCGACCGGAGGCGGUUAUCCUUCCGCCGUCUCAGCAUCAGCCAACCCUUACACCUACGAGCAAUACUCCAGAUAUGGUUAUGCUGCUUGGCCACACCAGCAACAUCAACUCGCGGCUGCAAAGGAUAUGGUCAAACCUCCGUAUAGUUACAUUGCACUCAUCGCCAUGGCCAUCCAGAACGCAGCGGAUAAAAAAAUCACCCUCAAUGGUAUCUAUCAGUUCAUCAUGGACCGUUUUCCUUACUACAGAGAGAACAAACAAGGCUGGCAGAACUCCAUCAGACACAACUUAUCCCUCAACGAAUGUUUCGUCAAAGUCCCACGUGAUGAUAAGAAACCAGGCAAGGGUAGUUACUGGACACUGGACCCAGAUAGUUACAACAUGUUCGACAAUGGGUCCUACCUCCGUCGUCGCAGGCGGUUCAAAAAGAAAGACGCUAUGAAGGAGAAAGAAGAAGCCAUGAAGCGACAAGUUGAUUCUGUUCUGGUUAAACCACGUCUGGAGGAUAAGCAUCACCAUCAUCAUCAAACACAUCAAUCUUCGAAUGUCUCCAACUCCCAGUUGUCACCUGAAGACACCAAAACAAAAUUGGACAUCAAACCGAAGCGGGAACCCACUGAUGUGACAACGCUGAGUCAAUGCAUGAAUAAGUAUCAUGAUACCAAGUCGGUUAUAGUACACCAUCCGGCGGCGCAUCAUCAUCAAACCGAGCAUAUUAUCUCCGAUGUGACUGCGUCCCUGCAAGCCAUGGACGCGGCGGCUGCUUUCAGUGUGGAUUCAUUGAUGACCGCCAGGGAACAGCAGCAUCAUCAUAGUUACUCACCGCGUUUACAUCCAUCUUCCGGAGGGAUGUAUGCGUAUUGUCCCAGUGCAACACCACAGCAGUAUGUGUCCUCGGCGGCGUCCGCCGGUGAAGAAGGUACUCCACGUUAUAGUCCAUGGUAUAGCCCGGAGACGAGUCCUGAGUCUGCUACGAAUGCGUCUGGUUAUCGUGACUUGAUCUUCGAGACUGGUGCGGCUCCGGCCAGUUGUCAAUUGUCUAGUUUUAGACAUAAUGUUCCACCUAGCCCUCCGACUUAUCGACCACCGCCAACCAGUUAUUAUCAGCAGGAUUGCGUUCAAAAGUAUUGAACAUUUUUUUAGUGCAAGUUGUAAAUAAGAAAAAUAAUAUUUAGUUUAACUAUUCGGACAAAGAGACUGAUGUGAGAUGGAUUUGUGGUUGAAAUUGAAGUUGUGAACGUUUAGUUAAGAGAAAGAAUCGUUUUUGUGAUAAUACUCGAUUGAUUUCGUUUUAUAAAUAAUUUCUACUCGUGCAUCUACGAUAAUUGAUUGUAAAUAUUUCUCUCAUAGCGCAUAUGUAUAGAUUGUACAUUUUGUUCUGGUUCGAAUUAUGUUCCUAUUGUAAUUUAAAACGAAUGCAUUUAACAAUUCUUACACCAUACCUACACAAAACUAGACACUGUCGCCAUCACACGAAUACACAUUGUUAUAUAAAUGUACCGAGCGUAUAUAUCUUCAGAUAUAAAUGAUUUGCUGGCCGUAGAUGUAAUAAUCGAAUUAAUAGAUGUACUAUACCUUUAAAUGCACAUGUGUACAAUAUUUAUUUCCGACAAAUUCAAAUAUGAAAUAUUAAAUACAAGAAAUUGAAGAAAAUUAAUGAAAAA